AUGGCUAAAGGGAAAAGUGGCAGACGAUGUAAAGGGAAAAUGUGUCAUAUGUUCCAAUUUUUUGGAGGGGCGGUGUGUGAGUGUCGCACCGCCAUGUCGCACCACAGCGACGAGCAAGCGCUGCUUACGGUCACAUCGGACUCCUUCUGGGAGCCAGGAAACUACAAACGCACCACACGCCGCAUCGAUGACGGCCACAGGCUUUGCAGUGAACUACAGGCGUUGGUGCAAGAGCGUGCCGAUAUAGAGAAGACGUAUGCCAAGAGUUUACGAGGAUGGGCGAAGAAAUGGAACGACCUUAUUGAGAAAGGCCCUGAAUAUGGCACAAUGGAAGCGGCGUGGAAAGGCGGUAUGGUGGAAGCCGAACGACUCUCCGACCUGCACCUGAGUGUGCGCGAUCGUCUCGUCAACGACGUUAUAGCUCAGAUCAAAAACUGGCAGAAGGACACUUAUCAUAAGUCAAUGAUACAACUAAAGGAACGCAAAGAAAUGGACGAAGCAUUCAAAAAGGCGCAGAAACCAUGGGCCAAGCUACUGCAAAAAGUUGAAAGGACGAGAUUGGAAUACCACACGGCGUGCAAGCAAGAGAGGACCGCGCAAAACCAAGAGAGGAACGCGAGUGGCGACAGCUCGCUUAGUCCAGACCAGAUAAAGAAAAUGGCGGAGAGGGUGGCCAAGUGCCGAGAUGACGUGACUAAGAACAGAGACAAGUAUCAAGCAGCCCUCGCAGAGAUCACGGCUUUCAAUCCACGCUACAUAGAAGAUAUGACGACCGUUUUCGACCGAUGCCAACAGAUGGAAGCCCAAAGAUUGUCAUUCUUUAAAGAUGUGCUCUUCAGUUUUCACAAAUGCUUGGAUAUUAGCAAGGAACCUACAAUCGUUUGUCUUGGGAUUUUUCUUCAAAAAUCCAUAUGUAAAGAUUGGUACUUACGUGAGUCGAAUUCUUGCGCUGGAUUACCACAAAUAUACGAAGAAUUCCAUCAUACAAUAAACAACGCGGAUCACCAGAAGGACCUCAAGUGGUGGGCCAAUAACCAUGGAGUUAACAUGGCCAUGGCGUGGCCGCAGUUCGAGGAAUACACGGAGGAGUUCCGGGACAUCGCGAAGGGCAAGUCGAAGGAGAGCCUCCCAACGGGACCCAUCACACUACUCAACCAGCGGCCAGUCAGCGAAGACGAGCUCCCACCAAUCACGAACAACAAAUCGGCCAAACCGGCGAACCACUCGGAGCCGCCGCAUAAUAACACAGUCCUUCAGAACAACACUAGCGCUAACAACACCAUAGAUAAGAAAAAUAUAAGUGCACCUAUAGCUGUCACAAAUGGCACAGCAUCUGCACCGAAAUCCGCAAAGACCUCACCAGCGAAGGACAGUAUGGGCAAAGACAACCCGUUCGAGGAGGAGGAGUGGGACGAGGAGUCGGGCGGCGCGCUCACGGACACCGGCGAGCCCGGCGUGCCCGUGCGCGCGCUCUACGACUACACCGGCGCAGAGAGCGACGAGCUCAGCUUUAGACAAGGCGACUUAUUUGAGAAACUAGAAGAUGAGGACGAACAAGGAUGGUGUAAAGGACGCAAGGACGGGCGCGUCGGCCUCUACCCCGCCAACUACGUCGAGCCUGUUGGGCAU